AUGGGCAAAGGGGAACGAGCAGCGCAAAAUGGCCAGCUCCCGUUUGAUGAUACCGGCAGAGGUGUUGAGCCGACCGGGUGGAUGGGCAUCGCAGAAAGCUACAGCAGCGCAGAAACCGGCUUCCGAAUUUCGUCCCCUUUCAAGCUCUCUCUCUCUCUCUCUUUCCAUUCCUCUUUCUUUCCUAUCUCGCUUCGCGUAUACGAAACCUUUUUGACAUGUCUACACACACAUAUACACACACACACGCACAAGGACAUUGACGCCGGCAUUGAUGCAGCCCCAAUAGCAUUGGAGACGCAGACGUACACGCACGCACAAUGUCCAGACAACUCUCACUCUUGCAGGUAUACCUUCAAGGAGAGAUGGUCCAAUUGGAACUAG